UACAAGGCUUUACUAUAUAGAAUCUAGUGAGCAUAUCAUGACAUAUGUAAUAUUUGAUCUUCAUUUUGCAAUCUGCAUAUCAAUUUCCUGUUAUCGACAUCCCGAUCUCUAGAUCUAUUUCGCUUCUAUAAUAAAUGAAUAGAUAAACAUAAAGAUACUUCAAAUGUUGGUCUAAUAUUUUGGCUUAAAAGUAUCAAUUCUACACACACAAUGCUUCUUUGGCACUCCAGGAGCUCUCGCCAAUGAUUCCUCGCGGAUCAAGUCACUUAUAUCCCUAUAGCUUAAACAACUGAUUGGAAUGGAAGUGGCUGUCAAGGAUGCCCCCAGCAAGGAUGCAACAGAGUUCCAUCUAAAAGCUGUUUUACAGAGGUGGAUGACUGGCUUCCAGACCAGCAGAGAAACUUUUGAGGAAGCAGUGUAUUCACAUUUCAAUGACUUUGUACAUUUUGUGUAUGAGAAGGAGGAAGAUGAAAGAAAAGCCAGAAAAUAUUUAUUUCAUCCUUUGGAGGAGUUUAUGUGUCAGGGCGACCCAGAACAGGUUUUUCAACAGCUGCACCACUCGGAUGAGCCCUCUCAACUCUGUGGACACAACUUCAAAAAUGGAGAGCCGACUUACUCUUGCAGGGACUGUGCCUAUGACCCAACUUGUGUGCUGUGCAUUACUUGUUUUCAGAAAAGUCCUCAUCGUAACCAUAGAUACAGGAUGAGUACAUCUGGUGGUGGUGGUUACUGUGAUUGCGGUGAUACUGAAGCUUGGAAGUCUGAUCCAUUUUGUUUACUUCACAAACCCAGGAAAGAAGAAACAGAGAGUGAUUCUAUCAACAUGGAGCCUGCGAUGCAGAACAUUAUGGCCUGGGUGUUUAGGUGUGUUCUGAGAUACUCCUCCACCAUGCUGACAUGGGAGCACAACCUAGUCCUGCCACUGGGCCUGAAGCAGAAAAAUGAGACCAGCUCAGCUGUAUAUAGGUGCAUGUUAUACAAUGAUGAAGUGCAUACUUAUGAUCAGGUGAUUAAUAUUCUCCAACGUGCAAUAGACUGUACUCAGAGGCAAGCUCUGGACUAUGCCACAAGUGUAGAUAGAGAGGGGCGUUGUUGUGUCAAGAGUGGUACUCAAGAAGAGUGUGAGUCUGUCAAACAAACUAUUGAGCGAAAUACUUCAAGACAUGGUAGCAAGGCUUUGAAAGUUGAAGUGAUGGUGAAAGAUCUGGUGGCUCAUCAGUUGUUUGCUUUGAAAAUUUUGAAUUGGCUCCAAUCUGUCAGUGACAAAGCCAGUUCUAUCAGAAAAAUUUUGUGUGGAGUCUUGAUGGAAAAUCAAAUAGUUAACAAUGUGCCCACCCUGUCUAUCCUAGAAGAGUUCAUUCAAGCAGAUACAAAAUUAUGGAAAGUUGCUAGAGUACAAAGUCAUCAGCUACUAAUGGCUUGUGUCCUCAAAGACCCGCCAUCUAAAAAACAAUUUUCUGUGAUAUUUACAAAGUGGUAUGCCCAGAUGGUCCGGGCAUUCAGUGAGGAUGAUCAUGACCAUGACGUCUGUAUGCCCAGCCUCUCUGUACAGAUUUUUACUGUUCCCAGUUUGUGCUACUCUGAGCUGAUCAAAGAGUUUUUGCAAGACGACCACUCCCGUUCCCUCUCAGUUAUACGAUUUUCUCUGCAACUGUUUGGAACCCCUUCGUUGGCUAGGAUGUUGAUUGCAGAACAUGAUCUAAUUACUGUGAUAACUAGGGCAUUUCUCUCGGCUUGUGAGAGGAAGAAGAAUGCUCAAGGGAAAUUAUCCUUUGAUAGAGCAGAAAGAAAUAAUGUCUUUAAAAGAUCCAUUUUUGUAUUGCAUGACCUCAAGUAUGCACUUGUUUGUAAACCUACAUGUCCUGAGGAAUGGACUGAGUCAUUACGAGACAACUUUUUGAGGGGACUGACUACAUUUUUACAACUUCUUUCUCUUAUUCAGGGAAUGGACUCAGUGAAAAGACAGACAGGUCAACAUUUAGAGUUUGACCCUGAGUGGGAGGGUGCCUUUACUAUUCAGAUUAAACUGGAGGACAUCCUCGUGCUUUUCUGCCAGUGGUGUGCAGCUGAUAGGUAUCUCCUUGUAGAAGGCUAUAAAGCUACAAUGGAAGCUUUGACCAACAGCAGGGAGCCUAGUAUAAGGGACAAAGCCUCAGUUGAUGGCUACACUGGUGAAGUCAUUAAGCAUGAUGUUUCCUCUGAUCCAAUCUCCAUACAUUAUCCUCUGAAUAGAUUUCUUGCAGCUCUACAUAUCCAUCUUGAAGAACAUGGAUUAAGUUUCACAUCUCCAGAGUUUCAGAAUCCUACAUUGACCCAGAUGGCUCAGAGGAUGGAUGUGCCCAUGAAAGAACCUCUGGACAUGAAGGAGCUGAUGGAACCUGCCCUGAGGAUACAGGUACUGCUGGCGCAGUCCCAGGCAGGCAUGUGGAGAAGGAAUGGAUACAGCCUGCAAAACCAGGUAUUUUUCUACUCCAACUUGAGAUGUAGACAAGAAAUGUAUGACAGAGACAUCAUUAUGUUGCAGAUUGCUGCUGCACAUUUGCCUGGAGACGAGUUCCUGCUUCAACUGAUUAAUAAAUUUAAUCUCAUCAACUGGGCAAAGUUGGAGUAUGAUAUACCUGGUGGCCAAGAGGACUCUGUCAGACAGACUGUCACACUGGCGGAGGAGUUUCUCAGUCUGAUUAUUAUUUUAAUGGAAGAGCGUUACAUCCCUGGAGUUGGUACUGUGACAAAGAAAGAUACCAUUAAAAGGGAAGUAAUCCACCUACUUUGUAUUUCACCGAUGGCACACAGUAGAUUGACAAAGUCCCUUAAUGAAGAUAUCAAUCAUGAAACUGGCCUAGAUUGGGUUGUGAAUGAAAUAGCUGUGUUCAAAAAGCCCCAGAGUGGAGGCAAUGGUAAAUUUGAGCUAAAACCUGAGCUGUAUAAAGAAUACUCUCCUUACUUCUACCACUACUACAAGGCAGAACAAGCCAAAUCAGAGGAGGUGCAGCGACAGAGGAAGAAACAAAAUGAAGAAGAUUUGGCAUUGCCUCCUCCUGUGCCCCCUCCUUUUAUGAAGCAAUUCCAGGCAGCUUUGAACAUCCUCCACUGUGAUGUCAUGAUACACAUUUUGACCAUUGUACUCAAGAGAACUGCCGCACCAAGGUCAAGGUCCUGGUCAGAAGCCCAGUUUGAUAGGGUGUUGUUCAUCAUUGGCCUGGCUCUUCAUGAACAGAUGCGAGCCAUUGAGAAUGGAGAACGGCCAUUUGACUUCCUCUCUAAAGCUAUGAAGAGCUCUACCUCAUCAGGUGAGCAAUUACCACUGGGUGACAGUAUACUGGCGUUGUUACAGAACCUUGUUCAUAGUCCAAACAUCAGCACACAAGAGUCAAAGGAUUUAUUGGCUUGGGUGCUUAGGAAAUUUGCAGAAGCUCUUAAGAUUCUAGAUGAGCCAGUGGCUAAGGAACAUGCUGAGAGCAUUGCCAAAUGUACUGACCUGAGGUCAGACAUAGAGAGGAAGAAAAGGACUCAAGCUGCUGCCAAGCGCCGAGCAAAGAUCAUGGCCCAAAUGGCCAAGAUGCAGAAAGAUUUCAUAGCUGAGAAUGCUGAACUGUUUGAGAAUACAAGCACUGAGGUUCUUGAGCAGCCUGGGGAAAUGGAGAUUGGGGAUGACAUCUUUAUAGCCCUGGGACCUAACCAAAGCAGUAUGAAAAUGACAGGACCUAUCCAAGUCACAUGCAUCUUGUGCCAAGAAGAACAACGCAUCUCUUCCUCAGGCCGGGUCAUGGUGCUUUCAGCUUUUGUACAGCAAUCCACAGUUUUGAGUCAGAACAGAAAACUGCAGAAAGGAUCCACUGUUGAACCAGACCCACUCUUUCCUCCAGCAGAUCUGAAUAAAGGUACUCACACUAGCUCCUGUGGUCAUGUCAUGCAUCAUGAAUGCUGGCAAGGGUUUUUCACUAACAUAGUCAACCGAGAACGUAGGCGGCCAAUGAGGUUUAGGCACAGCUACAGCUAUGACAUUGAGAAGAUGGAGUACUUGUGUCCAUUAUGUGAGGGACUUAGUAAUACAGUUAUCCCCAUUGUCCCUCCCCUGCCCACGCUACUCAGUGAGGGAGAGAAGAAGUUGGAGCUGAGAUUUGACGAUUGGCUGGAUGGUAUUUUAAAGACUGUAGUCAACAGUAUCAAGCAGGCUGAAGAUAAGGAGUCUCAAGAUGAACUGUUGCUGUUCAAACCUUGUCCCAUCUCAACCAUCACCAGAAUGAUGGCUGAAAGUGUGGCUAAAAAUUUCCAGCUCUUGUGGGAGUAUGUCUAUGAUGAUGCCAGUGGCUGCUUCUCUGAUGGGAUGAGAGAAAUGAUCAAGAAGUUUGCUAGAGAUGUUUACUCAUUUGGCCUUGGAGUUGACCCGGAUGAUGAAAACCCUCGAGUUCCUGUCAUGGCCUGGAACACUUGUGCCUACACCAUUCUUGCUACAGAGCAAGAACUGGAGAGAGAGAAGCUUGGGGUUUUUGAAUGCAUGACAGAGAGACAGUCAGCUCUGCUUGGUGCUUUGGUCAGGUUUGCUGCUGUCACUAGUCAAGUCAUGAAUCCAGACACCAUCAAACAACACUGUAUCCGACUGUUGUCAGCUCUGAUCCCAGGCGAGGCUGAGAAGAGAAAUAAAUCCACUGUCUGCUUGCUGGACUUGAACAUGUUCCACUACCUGGUCAUACUGACCAUGACACUGCCAGCCCUCCAUGCAGAACAGCAGAGGUCUCAUGUUUCCUCUCUGCCUAUGGGUGGACUGAAUGACCAGAAUGCCCUGCAGCUGGUCUUCACUGCCCACUUGGUGCACAUCUUAUUGACCUAUGAAUCCCCAAUUGAAGAUGCUGAAGAAGAUGAUCCAACAUCUGAGAGCCUGGAGAUGCUGGAGUUGUUUAGAAACUUGAGACAGGAAGCACAUGUUAUGGAUUCAGCAAUGCCAAACUCUACAGGUCUGCUGCAGCAUUUGAAGAUAGCUACUCUCCCUUUUUUGAGAUGCUGUGCCAUAUUGUAUCACCAUCUGACUGGAGUAGCUGCUCCACCAGAACUAUCCAGUAAAUCUUCCUUUGAGUUUGGUCACCUGUGUCGUUACCUGGCACUGCCCUCACAUUUACCUGAUUUGUUUACCAAACAAGGAAGUACCACCAGUGAACUGAUACGAAGCUGGUGCUGCAGUCGCACCAUGAGAGAACGUUUAUCUGCCAGCAGUGAGGUGAUCAUACGGUAUCCACUGAAGCUGAACCAUUUGAUAGAGCUACCACAUGAUUACAGUCUCCUUAUUAAUGAGGCCUCAACCUUCACAUGCCCCAAAUCUGACGGGGAUGACAGCCGUGCCCCAACCCGCUGCUUGGUGUGUGGCCGGAUGUUGUGCUCACAGAGCUACUGCUGCCAGUCAGAACUGGAUGGAACUCAAGUUGGAGCAGCCACAGAACAUGCUUACUCUUGUGGAGCCAACAGUGGCAUCUUUCUCAGAGUUCGUGAGUGCCAGGUGCUUCUGCUUUCCAACAAGAUCAGAGGAUGUUUCUUGCCAGCCCCUUACUUGGACAUGUAUGGUGAGACUGACCAAGGACUCAGGAGAGGUAACCCUCUUACAUUAAGUGAGGAAAAUUUCCAGAACAUCCAAAAAAUCUGGUACCAACACAGCAUUCCUCAGACUAUAUCUCGUAGUCUCAAUGGGGAGUCUGGAACAUCAUUUAUGAUUGAAUGGCAUAAUCUCUAAAAACCAACAAAAUUAAACUUCUGAUCUAAUACAAAUAUCAGAAAGUGAACCAGAAAUAAGACUUUUUUCAAGCCCGUGUUCAAGCAUUUGCUAGCCAGAAAAGAUAUGGAGUGAACAAAAAAAAUUUCCUUGUUUUUCUUUGAAUCCGUCACUUCAAAGCUGAAAUCUAUUUUCCACAAUUGGCAUUAAAGUUUCUUCUUCAUCUCCUCCCCAUUGAAUGAAUAUUUGCUCUUGAGGUUUGACUUUCAUGCCCCCUGAUGAUGUUACCGGAAUGAAUCAUAUACUGGGUUGGAUGGUCACCUGUGUUUUACUCUAGUGAUUGUUAUUCUCAUUUUUUUUUAUUUGUCUGCUUAUGGCCAGGAAUGGGGAUUAAACUUUAGGAAAUUCAGUGUGAGCGUGUGUGUGUGUGUGUUACGUGUAGAAGUAUUCUCUUAAGAUCAACACUACGGUACCAUGCGUUGAAUGAAUACUAUGGUGUACAUAAGUAUACAUGGUAGACUGUAUUUGUGUCAAGGAUUGUACUUUGUUUUCUCAGCUACUUGUGUUAAACUUGAAUUGAAAACUAAGACAAAUAUAUAUGCAAACUCUUUUUUUCCUUAUUUAAUGAUGUAUUUAAUUUUAUAUAAACCCCCCCAAAAAAAUGUUUUUUUUUAAUUUUUUUGUUUUACUUUCCAUUUUCUCUUCAUGCGUUUUGAAACUGUUUCUAUAUUUCUGUUAGUUUCUAUUAGUUUGUUUGUUUUUUUCUGUGUGUAAAUUCAAAGGUUUUAACAUCUUUAUCUCAUAAUAAUAGUCCAUUACAUAUUUGUUUUUCUUGUCUUACUGGAUUGUUCAAACCUCAAAACCUAGUUGAUUAAAAAUCUGGCCACAAGGCAUGGCUACACCAAA